GAGUAAAUUUUUACUCUUUGAUCAUCUGGAUUCAAUUUUUGCCAUUUCCAUUUCUUUAUUUUCAUUUCUUUUUCACCAUCAACAUUACCUGAUUAUUUAAUCUCAGAGUAAUGAUUAGUUAAUUAGGGCGUUCAUCAUCAUCACCAUCACCACAAUCGUUGAUAUCAUCUGAAUCCGAAUCAAUUUCUACUGUAAAUUGUUGACAGUCAAUCUGUAGUGUGGGUACAAAAUGCUAAAGGGUUGCUUCGGCAACACGUUCCUCAUCCUCGUUCAGAUCUUUUUCGGCCUCAUCUCAACACUUUUGGGAAUUGUGUCUUUCUUUUAUUUCCUUUGUAAAUAUGAGGAUUACAACUCAUCGAUCUGGGGAUUACUCAUGGGUAUUAAUUCUGGCUGUCUAAUCCAUCUUCAUAUACUGUAUCUCAAAACUCAACUUGAAGUUUGGUACGAUAAAUAUACUUUUAGGAGCUUAAUCAAAUUUGCUGUUGUAUUGUCGAUACUUGCACUAAUUGCUCUUGUAAUCUAUUUGUAUCUUGCUGUUAAAAAUGAUGAAGAAUUAACUCUCGAUGGUUACCAUGUAAGUGCCAUAUUCUCUGGUCUAUCGUUGUUUUGGUCACUUAAUCUGUUCUGUUCAAGUCGAUUGUAUUCUAAAUAUGUUCAACUUUAUAAUCCUCGAUUAUUAUCAUCGAUGGAAUCACUUGAUCAACCAUAUAGAUUCUAUGUCGAUAAUUUUUGACCUUUUCUACGCCCAAAUGCCGAUUUCAGACCAACAAAAUUAUCGUUAAAGUAACUUGAACUCAACGAAAAGCCAAUAAGUCAUUAACCGAGUUGAAAAGAAAACUAAUUAACGAAACAAUUGUCAUAAUCACUAUUUUAUCCUCAUCACCAUCGUCAAUUAAUUUCUCUCUCUCUCUCUCUCUCUCUCUCUCUCUCUCUCUCUCUCUCUCUCUCUCUCUGUUAAUUGAUUUGCCAUUAUUAUGAAUCAAAUUGAUGAUUUAUAAUUACUAAAUUAUGUUUCUCAUAGUCUAAUUAAUUAACCAUUAUCAUCUUUGAUCUCAUUCAAAGCAAAAAGAUAUGUUAUAAGAAAAUGAUAUUUUUGCAAUUAAGGAAACAAUUUAAAUCAAAAUGUAAUAUAGUUUUCAUUUAUUAUUAUUAUUAUUAAAUCAAGUUGUUUAUUACAAAA